AAGCUUCGGCAUCUGGAGGGAGAAACAUGAGGUCUUAGCAGCUUCACCAGGAGGCGACUUUCGAGAUGGCGGCUCAGCGGAUCCGAGCUGCCAACUCCAACGGCCUCCCGAGAUGCAAGUCAGAGGGGACCCUGAUCGACCUGAGCGGAGGGUUUUCUGAGACGAGCUUUAAUGAUGUCAAAGUGCCUUCUCCCAGUGCCUUGCUAGGAGACAGCCCCAUACCUUUUGGAAACGCGAAGGAGGUGAUUGCCAUCAAGGACUAUUGCCCAACCAACUUCACCACCCUGAAGUUCUCCAAGGGGGACCACCUGUACGUGUUGGACACGUCGGGCGGCGAGUGGUGGUACGCCCACAACACCACUGAGAUGGGGUACAUCCCUUCCUCCCACGUGCAGCCCUUAAACUACCGGAACUCAACACUGAGUGACAGCGGGGUCAUCGACAACCUGCCAGAUAGCCCGGACGAGGUCGCCACGGAGUUAGAGCUGCUCGGGGAGUGGCCGGAUGACAAGCAAGUGCUGGGGAGAACUCACAGUAACAACCCUUUCUGGAACGGGGUCCAGACGAACCCAUUUCUGAACGGGAGCGUGCCUGUGACACCCAGCUUGGGUGAGCUGAACCCCAAAAGCACUGUGGAUUUGCUGCUCUUUGAUACCGGCACGUCCUCGUUUACGGAAUCCAGCUCGGCCACCACAAACAGCACGGGCAACAUUUUUGAUGAGCUUCCAGUCCCAAAUGGACUCCUGGCAGAACAGCCGGCCAAGCGGGACAACCCCUUCUUCAGGAGCAAGCGCUCCUACAGCCUGUCGGAGCUCUCCGUCCUCCAAGCCAAGGCUGACACCCCUAUAUCCUCAAGUUUUUUUACAGGGCUGAAAUCACCUGCUCCUGAGCAGUUUCAGAGCCGGGAGGAUUUCCGAACCGCUUGGCUGACCCACCGCAAGCUGGCCCGGUCAUGUCAUGACUUGGACUUGCUUGGCCAAAGCCCUGGCUGGGGGCAGACCCAGGCUGUAGAGACGAACAUUGUGUGCAAGCUGGACAGUUCCGGGGGCGCCGUGCAGCUCCCCGACACCAGCAUCAGCAUCCACGUGCCGGAGGGUCACGUGCCCCCUGGGGAGACGCAGCAGAUCUCCAUGAAAGCUCUGCUGGACCCCCCACUGGAGCUCAGUAGUGACAAAUCCAGCAGCAUCAGCCCUGUAUUAGAGGUCAAACUCAGCAACCUGGAAGUAAAAACCUUCCUCAUCUUGGAGAUGAAGGUUUCUGCUGAGGUGAAAAAUGACCUUUUUAGUAGAAGCACAGUGGGCAUCCAGUGCCUGAGGAGUGACUCGAAGGAAGGGCCAUACGUCUCCAUCCCACUCGCCUACAGCUGUGGGGACACAAUCCAGGUCCAGCUGGACAACCUGGAGCCCUGCAUGUACCUGGCCGUCGUUGCCCACGGCCCGAACAUCCUCUACCCUUCCACCGUCUGGGACUUCAUCCAUAAAAAAGUCACAGUGGGUCUGUACGGCCCCAAACACAUCCACCCGUCCUUCAAGACAGUGGUGACCAUUUUCGGUCAUGACUGUGCCCCAAAGACCCUCCUGGUCAGCGAAGUCACCCGUCAGGCCCCCAGCCCCGCCCCCGUGGCCUUGCAGCUGUGGGGUAAGCACCAGUUCAUCUUGUCCAGGCCCCAGGACCUCAAAGUCUGUAUGUUCUCCAACAUGACCAAUUACGAAGUGAAGGCCGGCGAGCAGGCCAAAGUCGUGCGGGGCUUCCAGAUGAAGCUGGGCAAGGUCAGCCGCCUCAUCUUCCCCAUCACCUCCCACAGCCCCAGCGAGCUCUCCGACUUCACACUGCGGGUGCAGGUGAAAGAUGACCAGGAGGCCAUCCUGACCCAGUUCUGUGUCCAGACUCCCCAGCCGCCCCCCAAAAGUGCCAUCAAGCCAUCUGGGCAAAGGAGGUUUCUCAAGAAGAACGAAGUCGGGAAAAUCAUUCUGUCCCCCUUCGCCGCCACCACCAGGUACCCGACCUUCCAGGACCGCCCAGUGUCCAGCCUCAAAUUCGGGAAGCUGCUGAAGACCGUGGUGCGGCAGAACAAGAACCACUACCUGCUGGAGUACAAGAAGGGCGACGGCAUCGCGCUGCUCAGCGAGGAGCGCAUCCGGCUCAAGGGGCAGCUGUGGACCAAGGAGUGGUACAUCGGCUACUACCAGGGCAGGGUGGGCCUCGUGCACGCCAAGAACGUGCUGGUGGUGGGGAAGGCCCGGCCCAGCCUGCUCUCGGGGCCUGAGCUGAGCACCGCCGUGCUGCUGGAGCAGAUCCUCAGGCCCUGCAAGUUCCUCACCUACAUCUACGCCUCCGUGAGGACCCUGCUCAUGGAGAACAUCAGCAGCUGGCGUGCCUUCGCCGACGCCCUGGGCUACGCACACUUGCCGCUCACCUUCUUCUGCCGGGCAGAGCUGGACAGCGAGCCAGAGCGGGUGGCGUCCGUUCUGGAGAAGCUGAAGGAGGACUGUAAUGACGCCGGGAACAAGGAGCGGAAGUCGUUCCAGAAGGAGCUCGUGAUGGCCUUGCUGAAGAUGGACUGCCAGGGCCUGGUGGUCAGGCUCAUCCAGGACUUUGUGCUCCUGACCACAGCUGUGGAGGUAGCGCAACGCUGGCGGGAGCUGGCCGAGAAGCUGGCCAAGGUCUCCAAGCAGCAGAUGGACGCCUAUGAGUCUCCCCACAGGGACAGGAACGGGGUCGUGGACAGUGAGGUGAGUGGUAGCUGA